AUGAUAUCGGGAAUAGCAUCUGGGGAAUACUUCUCCGAACACUGUAUACCAGUGAUUCAGAAUUUAAGAGAUAAUCGUAAGGACCAUAUAGGAAGAUGGGUUACGUUCUUGGUGCAUGAAGAAAUUGCACUCGUAAAGAGUAGGUUGUAUAAUAUUAGCAACGUACUAGAAUACGUCAUACUCGGAGAGGGUCCUUGGACCAACGUAGGAAAUAUCGAAGGAAUAGCUUUUAUCAAUACCAAAUACGCGAAUGCCUCCGACGAUUUCCCAGACAUACAACUGCUUUAUUAUUCAUCGGGACAGAACAACAUCAUUAGAGAGACUCGUGGAUUGACCAGAGAAUUCUACUACGCCGUGUAUGGAGAGUUUCACGUCAAGGACCUGUGGAACGCGUAUUCUACGCUUUUAAGAUUGAAAAGCAGAAAUGUUAUCAAGCUUCGAAGUAAAAACCCUUUCGAUUAUCUAUUGAUUUAUCCGAAUUAUUUCAAGGAGCCAGAAGACAUGGUGACAUCGAUCGAAGGAGUUAAGUUUGUGCUCGAGAUGAGUAAAACUGCUUCAUGCAAACGUUACGGGAACAAAAUGAAUCCGAAACCAUUUCCUUGCUCCAAGCGCAUUCCGAUGUAUACCGAUCCAUACUGGAGGGACAUGAUCAAACUUUAUCUCUCAACUAUAUUUCACUUCGUGUAA